AAACGAGGCUGCAUAAAUUAAUGAAAAAUAUCGUUAUUACAAAUGGGCAAAUCUCAUAAAGUCACAAGCAUUCACAAUGGCGGCUAUUACGACAUCACAGCACUUUGAAGUUAACGAGGUCUCAUCUGACCAAACAAGUAAAAAAACAGUGGAAACAGUUUUACCCACAAUUCCCGUGAAGGCUUAGACGGAAGUUAGGUUAGCGGCGGACUUGUGGUGUUUUGUUGUGACUAAAUCUAAACAAAUAUCUUAAUAAGUAUGGAUCUUCCCAAGCCCCCAGAUGAUUUAGAUUUGAAAAACAUCAUUGACAAGCUGGCCAACUUCGUCGCCCGAAAUGGUCCCGAGUUUGAACACAUGACAAAGCAGAAGCAAAAAGGCAAUCCUCGAUUUUCCUUCCUCUUUGGUGGAGAGUUCUUCAACUACUAUCAGUGCAAGGUGACCACGGAACAAGCCAUAUUCAACCAACAAAAGCAGAAGUUAGCCCAGCAGCAACAAGCAUUACAGCAAGUCAUAUCCCAGCAGGGUUUGCAGCCAACACCAUGGCAACAGAAUCCAGUUCUUACACAAAACCAGCCCUUGCCACAAAACCCCUCUUUGGCACAAAGUCAAGCACUGGGACCAAAUCCUGGCAUGGGACCUGUUUCAGGAAUAGGACCUAACCCUGGACUUGGCCCAAACCCUGGAAUGGGGCCUAACCCGGGACUUGGCCCAAAUUCUGGAAUGGGGCCUAACCUUGGACUUGGCCCAAAUUCUGGAAUGGGCCCGAACCCGGAACUUGGCCCAAACCCUGGAAUGGGGCCAAACCCGGGACUUGGCCCAAACCCUGGAAUGGGGCCUAACCCUAGAAUGGGGCAUAACCCGGAACUUGGCCCAAACCCUGGAAUGGGGCCAAACCCGGGACUUGGCCCAAACCCUGGAAUGGGGCCUAACCCUAGAAUGGGGCAUAACCCGGGACUUGGCCCAAACCCUGGAAUGGGCCCGAACCCGGGACUUGGCCCAAACCCAGGAAUGGGGCCUAACCCGGGACUUGGCCCAAACCCUGGAAUGGGCCCGAACCCUGGGAUGGGACCUGGUCCUGGAAUGGGGCCAAACCCGGGGCUUGGCCCAAACCCUGGACUGGGCCCAAACCCUGGAAUGGGACCUGGUCCUGGAAUGGUCCCAAACUCUGGAAUGGGACCUAGUCCUGGACCAAAUCCGGGAAUGGGGCCGAGUCCAGGAAUGGGGCCGAGUCCAGGAAUGGGGCCUAGUCCAGGACUCUCACAGACUUUGCCACUGGAGCAGCAGAUAUCAGCAAUACAACAAAAGAUUCGGCAGCAUCAGACGCACACAGCGGAGCAGGUGAAGCAGAGCGAGGCCAACUUGGCAGCACAGUACCAGAGUCUCACCCAGCAACAACAGCACCAGAUUGAUGAAGCAAUAGCAAACUCCCGAGACAAGAAACUGAACCAGUUGUGUAUGGAGUGUGAGAUAAAGAUGGAGGAGCUUGACCGAACUGUGCAGCCGAUCAUCGACUCCUGCACUAAGGAUUCUAUCCUGCAUGGCAAGAACUGGCUGAUGCUGCACUGUGUGACCCAGGACCAUUGCAACCUGAUCAGUCAGUACCUGCUCAAGAGAAUCACUUCCAAAGAAGCGUCCUUUAGUUUGAGGCUGCAUUUGAUCUAUCUGAUUAACGAUCUUCUCCAUCAUUGUCAGAGGAAGAGCGUUGAGGAGCUAAAGCAUGCGCUGGAGAGAGUGGUCAUCCCUAUUUUCUGUGCUGCCUGUCUUGGAGUAGACGAGGAACGCCGACAGAAACUAACCAAGCUGCUGUCUCUCUGGGAACACAAUAAAUAUUUUGAUCAAGACACAAUUGAGGGCCUGAAGCAAAUGAAGCAGCCCAGUCAGUCGUUGUCGAACUAUCAGGCCAGUCUGAUCACGGACAAUGCCCAGAUCGUGACUCAGGUGACAGCCAAGAUCCAGGCCCAGUAUGCCGGCCUUCAGAAGCAGCACCAGGACUUUGUGAACCACCUCAACAGCCAGCUGACACAGCUGCAGUCACAGAAGCAGGGCCUGCAGCUGCAGCAGCAACAAGCAGUAACCACAGCACCACCACCGAUCAGUAUGGUUCCGGGGAGCGUCUCAGGUGGAGUGGUCAACACAGGUGCGCCUGUACUCAUACAGUCAGUGCCACCUAGUGGGGAUCCAGUGUUAGCCACAAGCAUGCCGCCAGGCGUGAACAUGCCACCCAGUUCGGGCCCACAGAACCCACCCCGCACACCUGAGGAAGACAAACCCCCACCCAUGAGACCAGGGCCAAUGGGGAUCGGGAUGGGCAUGGAUGGAGGACCUCCCCCACAGCAGUCCCCGGGACCCCCAAAUUUGUCUCAGCCGCCACCCCUUGGUCCUGGCCCAGCGUUCCCAGGAGCGUUCUCACAGCGACCCCCGGGCAUGCCGCUGUUCAAUACCCCACCCCCCGGCUUCAACCAGAGACCCCCUCCACAACAGUUUGAUUACUCCCAUGGACUGGGUCCCCGAGGGAUGCCACCUGCAGAUUUCCGCGGCCCGCCCCCGGCUGCUCCCUUGCCGCUGCCCCUCCCAGACCUGAGCAAGCCUCCCCCUGGAUUCCCAGCCUUGCCUCCCCCUCCCUCCAUGCUCCCCCUGGACAUGGACCUCACCCCCUCCGUCCCCUACCACGAGCUGCCCGCUGGACUGAUGGCUCCGCUGGUCAAGCUGGAGGACACAGAGUACAAGGCCCUGGACCCCAACGACAUCCGACUGCCGCCCCCGAUGCCCCCCAGUGACCGUCUGCUGGCCGCCGUGGAAGCCUUCUACAGCCACCCCAGCCACGAGAGGCCUCGUGACAGGUACGAGGGAUGGGAGAAAUUGGGACUCUAUGAGUUCUUCAAAGCCAAACAGAGGGCAAAGAAAAUCAAAGAGCAAGAGAUGGCAGAAAAUCCUGCAAAAUAUCUGCAAGAUCGUGAAAGAAGUAGGUCAAGGUCAUGGUCCCCACCCAGGACAAGAGCAAGGUCACCUUCCCCUCCCAGGAGGAGGCGCAGAUACAACAGCGGGGAGAGAAGACGAAGGUCAAGGUAUGGGUCACGUUCGAGGUCCAGAUCAAGAUCUCGCUCAAGAUCUCACUCAAGAUCAGGGUCACGAUCUAGGUCAAGGUCAAGAUCACCAUUGCCAUACCUGCCGAGUAGUCGAUCACCCACUCCUGCGGAGGUGCUGCCUCCACCACCCCGGGGAAAGUCCCGCAGCCCGACGCCGCCAAGCAUGGGCAGCUCGUUCGGAAGUAUGGCCAGCUUCGACCCCCUUCCUUCACUCUCCUCAGAGCCCCGACUGGGAGAAGACAACAAGGGCCACAUGCUGCUGAGGAAGAUGGGCUGGGGCGGCAAAGGCCUGGGGGCUUCAGAACAGGGGAUUGUGGACCCGAUCGAGGCUGGAGAUGUUCGAGACAGGCAGGACAUGUUUAAGGGCAUCGGCAUUGACAUGAAAGACCCCUUCGAGCAGUUCCGGAAAAACAAGAGUCAGGGCUUCAUCCAGCGCAUGAAGUCUCGGGACGAGAUGAGAGAAGGUACAAAGAAGCCAAAGUCUGGAGACUGAAAAACUAACAAGUCUGUCAUCACUGCAUCAUUCAUUUUGUAUAUUUUCAUGUCAGAUACACUGGAAGAAUAAAUUUGUGAAUAA